AGAGAAGAAGACAGAUGGACGCCAGCUCAGUCUUCUGAUCCAUUCGGACAUUCGCAUGCCUCAUGUGCUUCUAUUCCGACCCUGUCUGUCGUGGCAAGCACUGCUUAUAUGGGCUCGAACGUCCGCCAUUCCCCCACCUCGCUCUCCUCGGCGAGGAGCCUAGGCUGUAGGUCCCGUCUGCUAGUCGACUUCUGUUGCAUCGGUGGAGCAUGACGGCGACGGAUCAUGACCGAUACGACCCGGAACGUGCUGUACCCGAGUCUGUAGCAUUAUUGGAUGCUGCGACGAGGGCGGAUGUGUCAGCGGUUAGACGAGCUCUUGGACGUGGUGCCGAUGUCAAUGCGGUCGACGAUGCAGGGAGGACUGCAGUGACAAAUGCCAUUGCAGGGGACAGUUGGGAGAACGUAGACGUGUCAGACCCGUCAUUCAGACUAUCAGAUCGUCUACUGAUUCUGAGGUUGCUCCUCGAUCAUGUCGAUAUCUCGUUGAAAACGCUAAAUGGUCCGGUACGGGGAGUCUCGCCUUUGUCCCUGGCGGCUUGGCUCGAUCUUCGCGAGGUCGUUCAACUGUUGUUAGAGGAUAGUUAUGGUAUGGUCUCUGUGAAUGGCAUGGACACGUCUGGGGCUACACCACUCAUGUAUGCUGCUCGGGAUGGAAGGCUAGAGGUCGUGCGAUGCCUGCUCGCAAGCUAUGCCAAGCUUGAUUAUAGGGACGCCAAUCAUCGUUCUGCUAUUCAAUAUGCUCUCCGUCAUCCUCACGUGCUAUGGCUGUUCGAGAGUACCUUGUGCAGGUACAGAAUGCGCGCAUUUAUCUCCAAGAUUGGUCACAACGCUAUCUCUAUACCCCAAGAUAUGCUUGAUCUUAUCCUGAUCUCACCUCGGCAUGUACUAUCGAAGUCGACGCACUGUUUUUCGUACUCCUCGCAAGAUCUCGCGACGUCUGCUGGGACUCUUGUACAGAGCGUGCUCGCUUCUGAUUCAUAUCGCUUGCAAGCAAUGUUGUUCUCCACCGCGCGAGCAACUAUUUCCACCUCGACGUCAUAUCCCCCGUUCCUGGUUAAUUAUCCCGACUCGACUGGAUGGAGCCCGAUCCAUUACUGUGUAUCCAUGGAGGAACCGACGUUGGAGAUUCUCGAUGCUCUCUACUUCGCCGGCGCUGAUGUCGGCCUCUACACAACCUCUGGGCAUGAAACCCCUUUGCAUUGCCUUGCACACAGAGCGAAGCGGUCGCGGAGCGCGGAACAUGCUGCAUCUAUCCGCUCGUUUAUUCUCCAUCUGGUCCGCCAGCUUCAUGCUCCUCUAUCAGCCAGAGAUCACAACUUGAACACUUGUUUUCACGUUGCUGCUGAGCACGGCCGGAAUAUAGACGUUUUAUCUGCUUUUCUCGCGUGCGAUCCAACUGGCGAAGUCCGGAAGCUGCAAAAUUCGAGUGGGUUGACGGCGCUACAGGUUUGUGCUCCAGACAUGCUUGGAGCCUUCGGUGUUGACGUAAAACCGAAACGUCCGAGCUCUUCGACAUCCAUCCGUACUAUUAGGCCAUCCACCUCGACAUCCGUCCAGUCUAUGCCUCCUCCCACAACUGCGGCAUCUUCGAUGAUAAAUUCUUCGUGCUCGUCCCGACUGCCUGAAAGGAAAACUAUCACUGCCAAAUUUGACUGCGGUCAGGCAUCUCGACGAAUCCUCAAUAGUUUGCGAUACAUUUCGGACAACCUCGUUGCGGAUCCGGUUGACCUACACAAAUGUCGGGCAAUAAUGCAGGCGGCGUCGGACAUGAGUGAUCGAUUACUCGCCCACCUGCGAAUAUGUGUCAGCGAUGUCAGCGCCGAGCUAAGUGAUGCCCGCAGGUCUUUCGAACUGGCGCAUGGUCUGUAUAGGGAAGUCAAGGCGCUUUCGAUGGGUCGCCCUGAAGGCGGACAUCUUAGGCUUGAUGAUGCACGAGAUAGCACCGAGCACGCUAGGAGGCGUACGACCGAUUCUAAUGAAUCCGAUGCCACUGCAAUCACCGAGGGUAGUUACGUGCUCGUGAGCAGGGGCAAGAAAUGGCGUUCCAUGACGGACCUACCAGCCUCUCUGAUAGAACAUCGUUCCUUCUCUGAGUUCGACUCUUUCUUGCCUCCGUUGGUCCCGCCCAUCCCUGCCGUUACCUUUAUGGACACUCAGAAACCCCCUGUGGAGCGAAAUAUACGUUUUGGUUCGCUUGAGAAGGAUUCCGUAUCAAUUAGACGGUUGUCGAGGCAGAGGAGCACAACCUUCCCCGAGUCGACACAUCCUCUUGGCAAGGAUAUAGCCAUGACCAGCACAGCCAGACUGAAGGCAUGGUUGAUCCGGAAAAUCAAGCCUGAAGCCCACGCCAGGAUCCCUCCUGCCCGUGAUCCAGGUAUUUUGCAAUCUCCUGAGCCAACUUCUGCAGGAACCCCCUCACGCGGAACAUUCUUCUCAUUCACCGACGGUGCAGAAGCUAGUCGUAGAGAGAUGACCAGAUAUAUGUCUCCGCAUGGUUCUCCAAAAGCUCUCACGGUAGCAUAUCAAGAUCUGCUGCGUAUUGAAAAGUGUCUUGAUGCAACGGAACAAUCAAUCGGGAGUGCCAAUACGCUUGUCUCAAAAGUGGAGAUCGCAUUGCAGAAGGUUUUGACGGCUCGUCUGAAAUCUCUAGAGCUCGUCGGAUCACCUUAUCCAAGAUCGCAUGCCCGAGGCUCUAUUUCUGAGUCGUAUGUCUUUGUGCCCAGCCUGCCUCAAGAUCAAAAUGACGAUCAGAGAUCUUCUCAUUCCCCUACAUCUGUACUCCAACGCCCUCGAGCACAGUCCGCUGGUGCAUCCAUUACAAAUGAAUCAUGUGAUGACGGGGUUGAUGGGGACAUCCAGGAUCUGGGCGGGCUGUUGUUGAGCCGGGUGGAGGCAAGUAUCGAUGACGCUGAGGAGGAGGUGGAGAGAACGCUGCUUUGGCUUCGUAUUGUGAAGGACAUUCUACGAGGGCUUCGGACACGCACUGUAUGAGCGUACCGUUACAUGCCGCUCUAUGUCAUGCAUUCUAUGUUCCAUGGACUAUGUAGCGAUACCGCAUGCAUAUAUGUGUAUUUUUAUGUACAUUUGUUCGUACUCAUACCGUGACAGGACAUCUCACGACUGGAGUUGGGUGUCAAUCACGAGUCAG